CGGCCCUUAGUUCGUAAGAUUUCCGGGAGAAUGGCCGUGUUCAUCGUUGUACCGUUUGUAGUUUUAAGUACCGCCUUAGUUAGGGCGUACUCCGGCUAUUUGCUGGAUGUCCAUGCACCUGUAGACACAAGUAAUAUUUCUGCCCAAAGUUUCGAGUUGGAUGACAUCCACUAUGUAUGCUUCUUGCCAAAGAAUGGCAUAAGGCUUGAUGAUAUCGUGGCUUCCGAAUCCAUCGUGUGGAGAGGUGGAAACAACGAGAAAUGUACCUCGGCUCUAUUUGCCUAUAGCAAUGACAUGCCAGAGUUGGCUCAUCUCUUUAUAAAGAGCGGAAAUACAACUGUUGCCGCUUACUACAAACAUGGAGAGAAGGGUUGGAGUUUCAUUGAUAGAAGUGAAUAUUCGUCACUGUUGAAAUUACUCAAGUCAUCAGUCAAGGCAGAAGUCUUGACCCUGGAUAUCAGUGAGAAUGCAGACACCAACAAGUAUACCGUUGAAAAGAGUUUGAAUAAACCACAGACUAUGAUGUUUUCUCCGAAAGUUGGCUAUCAUGUUACAAGUAUAGUCGAUGGUGAUGAACCUGUCUGGAAGGCUGAGGCUAAGGGCGACCGCUCCGUCUUUGUUUGGUUCUAUACCUCAUCAGGAAGGAAGAUUAUGGUGCGUAACCUUGUCACCUACGCCAAUGGCUUUUCUGAGAUACGCGUGUACAUUUACAUUAGCGGCAAGUGGGUAUACUCUAAGAAUUUGACUUCGCAUAUUCGCGAUAGAGCUGUUUCACACAAAAAGAGCUUGAGACAUGAGAAGAAUAAUUUUACCACCCCUGAAGACUUUUUCCAUCCAGAGGAUGUUCCUAGUCCACAUGGUGACAUUACUACUCCUGAGGACUUCUUCCAUCCUGAAGAUGUUGCUUCUCUACACAGUGGUAUAACUACUCCAAAGGAUUUCAUUCAUCCUGAAGAUGUUGCUUCUCUACACAGUGGUAUAACUACUCCAAAGGAUUUCAUUCAUCCUGAAGAUGUUCCUAGUCCACAUGGUGACAUUACUACUCCUGAGGACUUCUUCCAUCCUGAAGAUGUUGCUUCUCUACACAGUGGUAUAACUACUCCUGAGGACUUUUUCCAUCCUGAAGAUGUUCCUAGUCCACAUGGUGACAUUACUACUCCUGAGGACUUCUUCCAUCCUGAAGAUGUUCCUAGUCCACAUGGUGACAUUACUACUCCUGAGGACUUCUUCCAUCCUGAAGAUGUUGCUUCUCUACACAGUGGUAUAACUACUCCAAAGGACUUCUUCCAUCCUGAAGAUGUUGCUUCUCUACACAGUGGUAUAACUACUCCAAAGGAUUUCAUUCAUCCUGAAGAUGUUCCUAGUCCACAUGGUGACAUUACUACUCCUGAGGACUUCUUCCAUCCUGAAGAUGUUGCUUCUCUACACAGUGGUAUAACUACUCCUGAGGACUUUUUCCAUCCUGAAGAUGUUCCUAGUCCACAUGGUGACAUUACUACUCCUGAGGACUUCUUCCAUCCUGAAGAUGUUCCUAGUCCACAUGGUGACAUUACUACUCCUGAGGACUUCUUCCAUCCUGAAGAUGUUGCUUCUCUACACAGUGGUAUAACUACCCCUGAAGACUUUGAAGAUGUACGUCCAGAUCCCCUUCCAUUCGACAAGUUUGUAUCUAUGGACUUUACUUCUACUGUUGAUGCCUCCAAGUGCGCCACUAUCAAGAGCAAGACCAAGGGUAUUGACGUUACAUUCUACUACUCCCGCGGAUUUUACUUUGACAAUGUUUCAAAGGAUGGUCUUACCAUAUGGAAAAGUCACUCUUCAUUCGAAGGCGCUACUUCAGUAUCCUUUUAUUGCAAGGGUGAACUGCAACUUGCCGAUGUGCUUGUUGCCAAUCCCAAGAAUGGCGAUAAAUUCCAAUAUUAUGUAAAAACGGAAACGAUGUGGAAGCCCUUGGAAAAACAUACAUUCCUCUCCAUGUUGAAUGAUGGUUACAAACUCGAGCAAGACUCUGCUAUUGUGCCACUUGUCUCAGCUUUGACCCUAGUAAUCGCAUGUACUCUAACAUGGGUAUAA